AUGGUAAUUGUGGCUACAGAGCGGUCGCUGCAUUACUGGGACAUGAGAACGGUCAGGAAGGUUGGCGAGGUUAGGGAAGAGUUGAUUGGAGAACUCUCACUAUAUGUGAAUGACUAUACAUACAUGUGGGGUUAUGAUGUAGUACAUGCCAUGCACCAUCGUCUCAUUCUCCCUCCUGGUGAUAGAGCCACCGAAGACAAAUGGAUGCAUCUCCCGAAGAUGGGGUACCUUAUUGCUACCCGGUUUCAGGUGGUUUUCAUCUCCAUUUCGUUAGACUCUAGUUACACUUACCUUCCACUAAGAGGAGGCGCCCCACCGUUGGAACAUCCAGUCAUAGUUGUUGGUCAUGUGACCAAUCACUUUGUACAGCUGAAGUUGGUGUCUGUACAUCCUAUGCCGCCAAUUGCUCUCCAAUGGCCAUACAACGCCGUACCACCUGCGACUGAAUGGUGUAGCCCGUAUGAAGAGCGUUUUGCCAGAUUUAUGGUUGAACACACUGCUUGGAUUGGUCCUCGUGUUCCUAACAAGAAUGAUUACAUAGACAUCACAGAAGAUUGA